CCUAUCAUGCUAAGGACAUUCGGCAGUAAGAUGCUUCCAGUCGGUCUCAGCCUAGUGUGUCUAUGAGUACCCUAGUCUGAGUGUAGCGGGGGGGUUUUGUAGAGGCGACUGAAGCAAUGGGUGAGAAAAAUCUCGAUGAAUAAUCGAUAGGGCGGUCAGCUGUGACACACUAAAGUGAGGUCUUACUAGAUGUAGCAAGAAGUAGCUAGAAUAUACCAGACUGGAUGCAACCCUUAUUAGCUGCACCCGAUAAGUUUGGUAUAAUUCGGUUAUCGGAGACAAAGUGUUGUUCAGCUGAUCGUGGUUUCCGCCGAUGGCCUACGCCUCGACUAAUGUUUCCGGUUUGCCUUCUUUUCGAUCUGAACAGUCAACGAGACAAGUUGCGGAAGUGCGUCGAAAAAUUUUAACUUGCGGGCAUACGGGAGUUUUUUUUUUGUCGCGCGAAAUAUCGAAAAGACGGCGUUCCUUCGCCUAUAGUGGUGCGCGAAAUAAGUCCGGCGUGUGUUUCCCGGCGAUAUUAAGCCGAAGAGAUCGGCGUUGGUCACGGCCAUCUCAAUGCCGUUUGCCGCCAAAUCCUAGCUUCGACUGGGUCAAAUUGCAGCCGAAAUCGAAGCCCGGAGGGUUUUCGCUGGACAGCUUAUACGUUCGCAUCACUGCCCGGGUCCCACGAUUUUACGGAGCCGCCACCGGCGGGCAGAAGGAGAGACGGCAACUGCGCCAGGCCGAGAAGUGGAGCGCCUUUCCAGCAAGCCGGAGCGAAGGACCAGCCGCAGCAGCAGGAAAGCGACCGCCCUAAGCCGGGCCACCAGGAGGGAUAUUUAAACUAAUCAAAAUGCAGCCUAAGUAGACAUUAAAGUGAGGUUAGAGUGAAUGGAAAAUUUUAUUUGCUUGAUUGGCAGUCCAGAAUGCCCGAAACUAAAUUAAAUCAAAGGUAAAUCGAUCAAAAUUUCUAAUUAUACGUAAAAAAAUGCUGAAAGUCAGACCUAACCUUACUAGAGAGUAUUAAUCCAAACGGAUCGCCAUCCUGAACAUAGAGUGGCAGAAAUUAAAAUUUUUUUUCUAUGUAGUUUAAGUUUAACGUUAAGCUAUAAGAAAAUGUACUCGAGUAGGAAACUCGGCCAUGCGGUUUAAUGCUUUUUCUUGGAUUUAAAUUGAAUUCUUAUUAGUGAUUAAAAUGUUUAUAUAGUAAGUGAUCUAACCUAAGCUAAUUAAAUUUUUUUUUUAGAAGAGUUCCUUUUCGGAAAGUGCUCAUUUAAAUUUUCAAGUAGGGAUUUAUAAAA